CGCGGCGUUUUAAGGACCGGCUGCAAACUAGGUGGGGCGGGAACUUUCCUUCCGGGGAGGACUCUGCGGCGUGCGGCUGGGCUCGGGAACGCCCCCGUCCCGGUCCCGCGCGGCCUGGCACCCGGGCUCUGCGGCUGACAUGGCUCACUGUGGAGCAGGCGGCGGGGCCCCGGCGGGCCUUCUGAGGUCCCCGGAGCUUGGCAGGAAGGGGAUGCCCAGGAAGGGGCCCGGGGAGCGGCGCCGGUUGAAGGCGGCGGUGUCGGAGCAGCUCAGCAGCGAUGUGCUCAGGCUUUUAAGGGAAGAAAUCCACACGGACACCAUUCUUUCUGUCGGUGGCUCACUGUUCAAAGUGCACAAGGCAGUCUUGUUAGCCAGAGCUCCUGGCUUUCAUUCCCAUAUCAUUGGACACACAUCAAGUGACCUAACGAAUGAGCUUGUUCCUGUGGAUGGUGUUGACGCAUCAGAAUUGAAGGCAUUUUUACAGAUUGUGUAUUCAUCAAACAAAAGCAUAAAGAUCCAUGAAAAGGAAAUUCUUAAAAAAAUGAAAGUGGGAAGCGUAAUGCUGGAAAAGGAGGCGAUCAUGAGCCUCCUGCAGUGUAGAACUUCGUCUGACUGUUUGCUUGGGAAACGCGAAAUUCCAGAGGAUAUUACUGCUGGAGGCAACAGUUUUAUUUCCAAGGAUGAUCAUGGCCUGGAACUCGCGUCUGAGUUAGGAGGAGAUUUGCUGAAGCUUUACAGGAGUCAGUAUUACCCUGACAUUGAUAUCUGUGUUGAUGGGAAAAGCUUCAAAGCUCACAGGGCCAUUUUAAGUGCCAGGUCCAGGUAUUUUGCCUCAAUGUUGAGUGGCUGCUGGGCUGAAAGCUUCCAAGAAUGUGUGACUCUUCAAGGUAUAACCCAUGCAGAAAUGAAUGUUAUGAUGCACUUUAUAUAUGGGGGAACAUUGGAUUUUCCAGAAAAGGCAAAUGUUGGUCAGAUACUGAACGUGGCUGAUAUGUAUGGACUGGAAGGAUUAAGAGAAGUAGCAAUCUAUGUUUUAAGAAGAGAUUACUGUAAUUUCUUUCAAAAGCCUGUUUCUGGAACAUGGGCAUCCAUUCUAGAAUGCUUAAUCAUUGCUCAUUCAGUCAGAGUGGAAAGCCUUUUUGCUGACUGCCUGAACUAUAUUGUAAGUCAUUUUGCAAGGUUUUGGUCGGAAAGAAGUUUUGCAAAUGUUCCUCCUGAGAUUCAGAAAACUUGCCUCAGUAUGCAGAUCCAAUCCUUAAAUCAUGUGAAUGCUGCUUUUCUUCUGAUGGAAAGUGACAGGCUGAUCAUGGGUUUACCCAGAGUGAAGUGGACAGAAGCCACUCUGUCAAUGGCAUCCCAGCUCCAGGAAGAGUGUGUGACGUUUAUUGUAGAGAACUUCUCUCAGAUCAUUGAGAGUGAAAACUUCACUCUUCUCUUGCAGUCACAAGCAAUGAGCAGCACAGCUUAUCUGUUGGACAAACUUUUUAAAGCAAUUGAAGACAAUAUUACCGCUGAAAAUAGUUGUUCUCUCCUUAUGGCUCUGGACAAACUACUGAAUUCUGAAAACAUAAAGGACAUGGGCUUUACGUGCAAGAUCCAAGCUGUGCGCGACAAGCUGUGGACCUUCCUGGUUCAGUCUUUCUAUGCUGUUCGUCACACAGAAAGCUGGAAACUGAUGCACAUAGAUGAUCAGCAGAAAAUCCAAGCAGCUGCACUUGACAAGGGUGAUGCGCGGAGACCUGGCAGGAAGCCUGUGCUCACCAGCUCUCAGCAAAGGAAGCAAGACUCUGAUGUUGAUGUUAUAAAAAUAAAACCUUGGACAGAAAAUAACAAAAAACCACAUUGGACGUAUCUCUCUACUAAUCAGAAGAUGAGAUCUGAUGGAUUGGCAGCAUCGGGACAUACAUCAAGCACUAACAGAAACAAUAUAAAUAAGGUGUCCAAGCAUGGUGACAGUACAAAAAUGUCCAAAGUUAUGAAAGAGGUGAAAACUGGGUCAAAACAUGUCUCUGGCAAGUCUAAAACUACGGUAAAGCCCAAAACAGAAAAUGGUGAUCAUACAAAGUUAGAAGGUCUGUCUUCCACAGUUGUGGGAAGGCCAACAAGAGUGGCAGCAGCCGGACAGAAGGACCCGGUGUGUGGAAAGGAGACCCAGAACCAAGAAGGGGAGACCACAGGGGCCAGGCCCAAGGUGCUCACUGCAAACCUACAUGUGCAGGCCAGAGCCAAGCCCUUGCAAACACCAAGAGGGAGAGAUCCCACAUGCCCCAGCACUGCAGGGCCCUCCAGUAGAUCUACACAUUCCAGCAUGGAGCUGCUGGCUUCCAUGGGCUCUGUGGGUGAGACAAAGGAAAACAGAUCAGUAGAAAACAAGUCUUGUGAUGAGAAGCCAUACCUUAGUGAUUCCCCAGGACAGAUGGUGAACAAUGGAGUAAUGUCAACUGUAGCAGUGAAGUCUCGACCAGGCUCAAGAGUUACCAAUGGAACAGCCAAUAAAAAGAGCCUUAUUCAUGAGCAAGAAUCUCACGUGAACAGCAGUGUAAUAAAAAGCGGGAAUGGCAAAGGACUUGGUGAUUCAGCACCACGGACAGCUGUGAAGAAAAGAGGGAGCAGCAGUGGGUGCUCAGCAGCUCAGCCUCGGACAAAGAGCACCCCUCCCACCCUGGCUCUAACCCAAGGAUCCCAAGGGGAGUCAGCGCACUCUGUAAACUCUUCAGUCUCUUCAAGGCGGUCUGAUGAAAAUGUACCGAGGCUGAGGCACGAAGCAGAGAAGCAAGUACCUAAGAGAAAGGUUGUCAAGCAAGGCCUCGCGGCUCUGCAGAAGGCGACCAUAAAGCCGGGACCAAUGCCCAACAACCCGCGUCAGCCCAAGAAGAGCGGGGCUGUGAGCAGGAAAGACUCACUACAAAGAGUGCUUCCUGGACAAGGUAUGCUGCAGAGUCAGGCUCCUCAACGACCUUCCAAACCUGAGGCAGCCACCACACAGAAAGGUGUGCUUCAUGGUGUAAGUGACAGCAGGAACCAUGUCUUUAAACAGAGGCCUCAUGAGUCCCUGGUUAACCUUGCUUGCAACACCAGUGGUCCUGAAGCGUCCCAGACAUCCUGCAGACCUCAGCCACAAAGUCCAUUAGACAGUCAAGAGAAAAAGACACUGGCGCUAGCAUGCCGAGAUAGGUCAGCCUUGGGUGACUCAGUAAAAUGUGAGCUGAGGUCAGAACUGACGGACACAGAGCAAAGUCACACAUCCGCUUACAAAGACUCGAGUCCGUGCAGUGGGAAUCCAAACUGUGGGAGCACCACUGCUCUGAAGUCUAUGACUUCAAAUCCAAAUGAAAAACUGAUAAACUCUAACACAGUUCAUGAUUCAGACUCAGCAAAUGCAAAGCAAGUUUGUUUAUCAGAUAGAGAGAGACAAACAGGGAGAAAAAACACAGACACUGAACCAAGUAUGAAAUGUGUGAACGGAAACGCUUCACUCUGUGUUCCUGAAGGGACGAGGAGUGCCCUAAAUGCUGCUGCAGAUGACAGAAGACUCACAUUUCACGUAGAAGAACUAGCAGCUCAAAACCAGUUACCUGACGACUGUGCUAGAGAGGACAGUAAAUGUGCUACAGUUACCUCAGCUGUUUCUUCCAAAUGUCUUUUGGGACAGCCAUCAGAAAAAAAUUAUAAAAAUAUGGUGACAUCAGAAACCCCAGAGAGCCACGAAACUCCGGAAGCUCCAUUCGUGGGACCCUGGGAUCUGAAUGUCAGUGCCACACAUCAGAGAGAGAGUCCAGAAUCAGACUCUGGUAGUGCCACCACAUCUUCAGAUGACAUAAAGCCCCGCUCAGAAGACUAUGACGCUGGGGGCUCUCAGGAUGAUGAGGGCUCACACGACAGAGGCAUCUCCAAGUGCAGCACCGCGCUGUGCCAUGACUUUGUCGGGAGAAGCAGCAGUGACACCAGCACCCCUGAAGAGUUGAAGGUGCAUGAAGGUGACCUCAGAACUGAAGUCAGAGUGAGAAAGCAGGGUGGGGGUGAUCUCCAGAUCCACUCAACAAGUGAUGACGAGAUCCCUAGGAAGAAGCCAGAGCCUUGGUCUCGGUCUGCAGUCCUCCGUCCCAGGGAGAAGGGAAGUGCUCCACGGGCUAGCGUCCCAUCUGCUCAGGACGUGGACCAGGUUUCUUCUUCAGCUGAGGAAACAGAAGAUGAAAGAUCUGAAGCAGAAAAUGGCGGGGAAAAUUCCUCUCCAUCCAACUCGGGUACUCAGCACGUUCAGGGAAUAAUUAACUUAGCUUUUGAAGAUGGAACUGAACAAGAAAGUCGUGAGUUUUCUGCAACUAAGAAGUUUAGAAGGUCAGUGUUGCUCUCAGUAGAUGAGUGUGAAGAAGUGGGAUCUGAUGAAGGUGAAGGCCACACCCCCUUUCAGCCCUCCCUGGAUUCUCUUUCACCUUCUGAUGUUUUUGAUGGUGUUUCUUUUGAGCAUCAUGGAAGGACAGGCUACUCUAGAUUUUUCAAAGAAAAUGAAGCUACUACUGCAGAGCAUAAAUACAAUAAAGGUAAUGGAGGAUAUAAAAAUGAAAGCUUUCUCCUGAGUUCUAGGAGCAAAGACUUCUCAAGACAAGAUAAACUGUGUGUCUCAGCAGAUCAAAAGACCAGGUUAGAUGUCCCACCCAAAGGAAGCCAACAGCUUUUCCUGGAAGACGAAGACAUAACUAGUAAGCGCGGGGUGGCUCACGACGCUCAGCAGCACAGCACGUUCAUGGAUGGGGACACCAAGACUCAAGAACGACCGUGUCAUUUGGAGCUCCAUCAGAGAGAGCUCAGUUCCAACACACCAAAGAUCAGCUCAGCGAAAUCUCUAGACUCCUGUCCCAGCCAGGCGCUGCUGCCUCAGGAAGGUCAAGUGAAAGCGAGCCCUGCCACCCCUCCCAAGGGAGCUAAUAUUGCUGUGUUUUCAGGAGACAUAGAUGAUUGUGACACAAGGGCACAAACCUCCAUGUAUGACCGCCGGCCUUCCCAAGCCCUCUCUCCACUCUAUAAGCUGCCUCUAACAGCAGCAUGUGAGCAGGAAGUGGCGUCACACAGGGGCUCUGAAGACGAGGAGUACUUUGCAAAGCAGGACUGGACACUGCUGAGGCGGCUGCUUUCUGAGCAAGAUGCAAACUUAAAUGUCACACGCUCUCUGCCUGAAGACCUAAGCUUAGCCCAGUAUUUAAUCAACCAGACACUCCUCUUAGCUCGAGAUAGCUCAAAGCCUCAGGGUUCAGCACAUGCUGACACUUGGAACAGGUGGAGUGAAAUGUCGUCCCCACUUGAUGACUCGGCAGCAAGUGCUACCACGACUAGUGUUUCUUCUGCAGAUUGUUCGCCUCAAGGGGAGUGGACAAUCCUGGAACUGGAAACUCAGCAUUAGGAGUCUCCACAGUCAGAAAAGAUUUAGACUACACCACCCCUGUAUUUUUGAUGCCUACUUUACAUUUAAAUUAUACUUUAGUUAGCCAAAUAUAGACAGCCCUUCAAGUUGGUAGAGUCUUUAAUUUAUUGAGCUAAAUAUAGCUUAUUUAUUAAUAUGAUGUCUCAUAUUUUGAAAAUGUUUUUCUAAGUUUAUGAGCAUGUUUUCUACAUCAAUUAGAUUAGAAGGCUGAAGAGAAUCUUUGCUACAGUUUUCUUUCCUACCUAAUAAUUUGUUCAUUUAUUCAAGAAUUUCCAUGUCAGUACACAAAUUUCCAUGUCCUUACUCUUGACUCUGCAUAUGUUACCAUAAUAAUUUAACAAUAAAUGUACUAUGUGAGUGUG